GGUGUAGGCACACAUUCACUGGAAGCCAAUCUGCUUCAGUGGUCCUGGCAUUGCCAUGCUGACAAGGUUUGUCCAGAUUGGGAUUCUCUGGCUGAAUCUGUCCUGGGCUUUAUGCAACAUAGAUCUGACUUUGGGUAAAUGUGACACUCAGUUGAGUGUGCUGGAUUUCUUUGUGCUUUUGCAGUGGAAUUGCACUGGACUCAUGCCAAAUACCACCUUCAGAGUUGAAAUCAAGAUGCAAAAUGAGUAUCCCAGUGAGUCCUGGAGAACUGUGGCCCAGUGUGAUAAGAUCUCAUCUUUGAGCUGCGACUUGUCUCGGGAGAUCACUGAGAUCACCCUCCACCACGUCCGGCUGGGAGUGGAGGAAUGGCACGGGCACGUCCACUGGAUGUGCAAUCUUUCAUAUGACCCGACCAACUGGCCAGAUUUGGGAGCAUUCAGUGCCCCCUCUCUGUCUUUGCGGGUCGAGGACCGUGGCAGAGAUGUCUGGACACCGCAUAUUGUAGUGGAGGUCAAGUUUCCCUGUGCCCCUGAGGUCCUGUGUCAGGUCGAUUCCGAAGGAUGCUGCUCCGUGUUGUUUAUACUGUCUGAUAUUAGCGCUGUCACGGUGACCCUGUUCAACAGACAGCGGCCGACGGAGAGGGAGACCCGCACCGGAUCCGUGAGCUAUGAGGACGAGGACAAGGAGUUCAGUGUAGAAUUUGGAGGCCUGGUUCCAGGUCAGGAGUAUUGUGUUGUGGCCACCUUCAGAUCCUCUGCCACCUCUCAGCCGGUCUGCCAACAGCUGAACACACUUCCUGUAGACCUGAGGCCCAUAUUGCUGGGUACAGCAUUGAGCGUUUGUUUCUUCAUACCCCUUGUGGUUGCAUACCUGAAGAGACGAAAAACACACACAUCAGAGUACCGCCUCCCACGAUCACUGGCAGGUCUCCUUGAGCCCGCGUCCGGCCUUCCCGUCCCUGUUGUGGCUGCUGGCGUGCUGUCUGCCAAGGACAGCCCCUCCAUCAUCUCCCUCUGCAGCUGUGACUUCCAGCCCACCGCCACCCAGCUCCCAGCACCCAGCCCAGGCCAGCACCAGUACUACUCCAGCGCCUUCCCCAAGCACCCUCCCUGGGACGCACGUGGCUCUGGAAGUGGGGGGUCUGUGCCUGAAGGCCUGGAGGUCCCUCAGACCCCCCUGUUUCGAAAGGGCAGCUGGGACUCCGAGGUGCAGACAGACAGGGGACCCCAACAUGGGGAAGGGUUCACGUCUCUCCUAGAUGGUGUAGGGAUCCCGCUUAGCUCUCUGAGACUGGGGAUGGGUGAGGAGGGGGACUGGGUUUACCUCCACGAAGGAUUAAUGGUACAGUCUGGAUGUGAGAUUUCCACUAGGAAGGACGAAGUUGAUAUGUACCACGGAGAAAUGGAGGGGGUGGGGGACAUUUCCUAGGUGAACCUAAUCUACUCUAGAUGUGAUCGAAGCUGAUGUGUAGGGACUAGCUGGAUGAAUGUCUCCCUUUGUUGUGAUUAUUCAACAGCAAAAUGCUCCUCAGUGGAAAAAUACAAAUGUGCAAAUCACAAGCAGAAAUUUUCUGGGAAAUGACGCGGAUCCCAACUCCAAGCUAAAUUAAAUAAUGGGGAGUACGGGCAACUUGAAGACAUUAAUCAACAAGUCGGAAGCCACCCCUGCAGAAGAAAGCGUUAAUGCUUGAUUUGCUUUCAGCUGGAGAUGAACAACACCUAUCGUGAGGAGCAGAAGCGUUCACUGGGGUGGAAAUCCAAACCACAGAGCUAGCUGUGGCCGGGCUCGCUGAUGUGAGUGUGUGAGGGGAGAAAAUGUUUGUGUGAGCAUGUGCUCAACUUGCAGUGUUUUUUUUGUGUGUGGGAGAAAAAGUAAUGGUUGGCAUUGUAUAGUGAUGAGCUGACCUUUAAAAAGUGCCAUAUUGGUCACUAUUGAUUCAUAUCCACUAAUGACUAGCCAUUUAAAAAACAAAAGGUGGAAAAACCUUAAAUGUCAGGUUUCUUGUUGACAGCUUUCAUAGCAACGGAAUAGGGUUACACACGGCUCCAAAAACUUAACCACAUGCCCAAACAGAACAGAAGUGAGAGAGCCAGGGUGUCAUUGCACUCUAGCCACAAUGCAAAGGCCAUGAAACCAUGGUGACAAGUCCUCUUCAAAUGAAUUCUAUACAGCGUGUGGCUAACCACCUAAGGCCCAUCAAGGUGUUUUUUUCUCAUCCUGUCAAGAUUGUUUUGACACAUUUUUA